GACGUUGCGUGGAACGUAUCGUUGCUGACGUUUCUAUUUUCUUAUUUCAUUAGGUUUAUACUUGUAACAAUUGAGCGGUUCUGUCUCUCAAAUGUCCGACGAUCUUCGUAUUUAUUGAUAAUCAGACGUUUCUGCGUGAUACUUUAUUCAUAUUAGUUUGAAGCUAUCGGUAUGAGUGCUACCUUGAGUUCGAGGGCAGAACAAUAUUUCUAUAGCAUAAAUCCGCUGGCACAGAGAAUAGGAGAAGAUAUUACCGCCACCAAGGAAGCCUACGAGGGUCUCUGGAACACUUUGAGUACAGCAGAGCGAAAUCAAGCAAUCAACGAAACAAUAAUUCAGCCGGAAGUAGCGUUGAAAUAUACUUUAAAGAAGGUCGAAGUUACUAAAGAGCUUCCGGAAUGGUACCCUAAGUUACGCGUUCAGACUGGUAUGAAAUACGUCAUCGACGAGACUGGUUCUACAUUACGUUGGAGGGACGAGCAUUCGGCUCCGUUUUCAUUUAUGACUCAGUCGCAAAUGAAUCUCAGUAUAAUAGAUUCAAACGAAGAUGCAAAAUCAAAAUUAAUAAGAGCACAGUUCGGGGAAUCACCACAUUUCUCAAGCCCUACAAAAUUACAGAGAAACAAUACAAAUUCCCUUACAGAUACUUAUGCCUCGUCUCAUCAAGUCGGUCGUUUUCAAUCCGAUUGUUUCCCGAGUAGUAUUUUUGAGGGUGAACAGUGUGGUAAUUUGUUGAAAGGCAAUGCAGACAACGACCAUUCUGAAAGUAUAUUUACCAAGUUAAUGAAUAAAACGUCUCUGUUAAAGUUGCAAAACAAUUUAGCGGACGAUAUGGAGAACUUAGUCAGGGAAAGAGAUUCGGAUACAGAUAAGAGCCAAUCGAAUACAUUAGUUGUAAUGUCGCGCACGAAAUCGAGCGAUAUCAACGAGUCGACCGCAUUGCUAGAAACGCCUAGUUCUUAUAGUAGUUUCCAAUCUUCUCAAUUAAACCAGGAGGAGGAAGAAGAGAGGACUAUACCAAAGACUGGUUUCGAAUUUCUCGAUAACUGGUAGAUGUAUUAGAAUAAACGCUUAAUAUAAUUACGUUUAAUUACACAUGGUACUAUAAUUGUUACUAUAAGAUUGCGUUAAAUAAUGUUUGUACAAUUUUAGUUCCUGAAAUAUUAACGCCAUGACAGUACUGAUUGCUGUCGCUACAGAUAAUAUAUUUGCUUUUAAGAUAUAGUUUCGAGUACCUAUAUAAUAUUAGGUAUGAUCUCAGAUUAUAAUGACAUUAGAAAUAAUCCUGUUAUGGAAAGUGUGCUGAUUACAAAGUAAGCUUUUAUUCUAUGAGAAGCUGAGUAUAUUAUUAGGAAAAUCUAUUAGUCAAGGGUGGAAUAAAUGCAUAUCGAAAGUAGCAAGGUUCGUGUACAGUGUAUGGAGAUUUUUUGUUGCUGUAACGCAGAGGUGUUUGUAUACAAUUGUUUCGACGUGUGUACAAUUGCAUGUGUGAAGAUAAUUGGAACUAUAUUUAGAGAAAAAGAUACUGAUUUUAUAUAAACAUUUAAUAUUUUGAUAAUCGUUUUAUAUUUGUAUUUUUAUUUAAACAGAAUGUUUACAAGUUAUCAUUACGAUUUUUCUUCCUAAGGUAACUAUUAAUUAAUCUUCCUUUAGAACUUAGAAAAUUCUUAGAUAUACAAAAAGUAUUUAACUAAAGACUGAAGAGGCUAUUUCGUUUGAUUCGUUAUCAACAGAUUUCUCAAACAAUAGUAAUAAAUUUUAUACGGGGAACCACUAAAAAUCUAGUUUGCAUAGGAUAAUAGUGAUAAUUUUCUGGUGCAUCGUAAUACAUAGGUAUUUUUUCAACUCUAGAAACUACUAAUGAACAAAGUAACGAAACAUUCUUACGUAGGAAUGUGUAUGUUGUUUGA